UGAUUGAAGCCCAGAAGAUGGAAUAUAUUCAUCCUAAGGAGGAUGGAGAAGGACAUCCCUCUAGGAGUAUUGAUGGGUUCAAAGUCAGUAAAGAACCUCGACCCUCUGCUACAAGCAGUCUGAACCACAGACACAGAGCAGAAUCUGCAGAAUCCAGCUGUCCAUCUAUGAGGAGUGAUAGGUCCAAAGGAUACCCUGUAAACUUUAGUGAAGAACCUGGACCCUCGGCCACCAGCAGUCUGAACCACAGACACAGAGCAGAAUCUGCAGAAUCCAGCUGUCCAUCUAUGAGGAGUGAUAGGUCCAAAGGAUACCCUGUAAACUUUAGUGAAGAACCUGGACCCUCGGCCACCAGCAUUCUGAACCACAGACACAGAGCAGAAUCUGCAGAAUCCAGCUGUCCAUCUAUGAGGAGUGAUAGGUCCAAAGGAUACCCUGUAAACUUUAGUGAAGAACCUGGACCCUCGGCCACCAGAUGGAUGCAGCAGUUCCACUCUUCUCCAUCAGAACCCUCUUCUUGCCCUGAAGAUGGAGGAAGAUGCAAAACCAGAGAUGGAACUCUGACUGCCAAUCAGUUCAUCUAUGCCACAGCAGAUGAUGGUCUGCAGGAGGUUCUAGAAGAACAUAAGAGCAGCCUGAGAAGAAGAUGUGAAAAUGUGACUGAAGGAGGUGAUGAAACAGGAAGUAGAACCAUCUUAAACAUGAUCUACACUGAUCUCUACAUCACUGAGGAACAGAGUGAACUGGUUAAUACCCAACAUGAGGUGAGGUGGAUGGAGAAAGCUUCAAAAUACCAGAACCUCCAUGAUACUCCCAUCAGGUGCCAUGACAUCUUUAAAGCCUUCCCUGACCAAGAUGGAGCCAUCAGAGUGGUUCUGACCAUCGGCGUCGCUGGUAUUGGGAAAACCUUCUCAGUGCAGAAGUUCACUCUGGACUGGGCAGAGGGCUUGGAGAACCAAGAUAUCAGUGUGGUGGUUCUGCUUUCCUUCAGGGAGCUGAACCUGAUCAGAGAUCAGCAGCACAGUCUUCUCACGCUGCUCCAUGUUUUCCAUCCAACCCUCCAGAAGCUCCCAGCAGAGAAGCUGGCUCUCUGGAAGCUUCUCUUCAUCUUUGAUGGCCUGGAUGAAAGCAGACUUUCUCUGGACUUCAACAACAGUCUGACUGUUUCUGACGUCACACAGAAGACAUCAGUCAACGUUCUGCUGAUGAACCUCAUCAAGGGGAACCUGCUUCCCUCGGCUCUGGUCUGGAUAACUUCCAGACCUGCAGCAGUUGAUCAAAUUCUUUUUAUAUGUGUUGCCAGGGUAACAGAAGUACGAGGCUUCAACAACUUCCAGAAGGAGGAGUACUUCAGGAGGAGGUUCAGUGAUGAAGAGGAGAAGGCCAGCAGGAUCAUCUCCCUCAUCAAGACCUGCAGAAGCCUCAAUGUCAUAUGUGGGAUCCCUGUCUUUUGCUGGAUCACUGCUAUGGUUCUGGAGAACCUGCUGACCACAGAGCAGAGUGAAGAGUUGCCCAAGACUGUGACUGAUAUGUACUCACACUUCCUGCUGGUCCAGACCAGGAGGAAGAAGAACAAGUACCAUGAAGGGCAUGAUAGAAGUAUGCAGGAGCUAAUGGAGGCUGACAGGGAAGUUCUCCUGAACCUGGGAAGGCUUGCGUUUGAACAACUGAAAGAAAAAAACACAAUUUUCUAUCAAGAGGACCUGGAGCAGUGUGGUCUGGGGGUCAGAGAGGCCUUGGUGUACUCAGGAGUUUGUACAGAGAUCUUUAAAAGAGAAAACUUGAUCUCCCAGAAACCAAUUUACAGCUUUGUUCAUCUCAGCAUCCAAGAGUUUCUGGCUGCAGUUUACAUUUUCCACUGUUUCACCAGCAGGAACACACAGGUACUGAGGAGCUUCCUGGGAAAAGAGUACAGUGAAACAUCUCUGGAUGACUUUCUGAUUAGAGUUAUGAAGGAAACCCUCAAACUAGGAAAUAACCACCUGGAACUGUUUGCACGCUUCCUUCAUGGCCUCUCUGUUGAGUCUAAUCAGAGACUCUUAGGAGGCCUUCUGGGUCAAAUGGAGAAAAAUCCGAAAACCAUUAAAAAAAUCAGCAACAAUCUUAAGGAGAUGAAAGCUGGUGGACGUUGUCCAGAUGCAUCUAUUAACAUCUUCCUCUGCCUGAUAGAAAUAAAGGACCUUUCAGUUUAUCAGGAGGUUCAACAGUUCAUGAAAUCAAAGAAAAGAUCAAAGAAGCUCUCAGAGAUCCAGUGUACAGCUCUGGCCUACAUGCUGCAGAUGUCAGAGGAGGUUCUGGAUGAGUUGGACAUGCAGAAAUACAACACAACAGAUAAGGGAAAAUAUAGACUAAUACCAGCAGUAGUGAACUGCAGAAAAGCUCGAUUUGUUAACUUCAGGUUGACAGAGAUCUACAGUGUUUUGCUCCUUUGUUUGAAAACCAACCCCCCCCAUUUGACAGAACUGGACCUAACCAACACCAACUUUACAGAUGAUGGAGUGAAGGACCUCUGUAUUUUUCUAGAGAACCCCCUCUGCAAACUACAGAUAUUGAGAAUUUGCAGCUGUAGGUUGUCAAAGAUCAGCUGUGCUUAUCUGAGCUCAGCUCUGAAGUCCAACCCCUCCCAUCUGACAGAACUGGGCCUGCUAGGAAAUAACCUCAACAAGGCAGAUGUUCAACAGCUGGAGGAUCUUGUAACACGUCCAGACUACAGACUGGAGAUUCUGUUGUGGGUGUCUCUUUAGAGACAAGAAGCUAAGCUGUUCUGAUGAUUCACAGAACUUAAGCAGCAGCAGUUUAAGUUCACGAAGAUUUCGACAGGAUCAUAAUGAUGAAGUCUAAUCCUAUUUCUUCAUGUCUGGUAUAAUUGGUAUAUCUUAUUGUAGCUCCUUAGAAAAAUGAAAUUAAUCUGCAUUUAAUAGCUAUAGUUAUUUGUUAAAAUAAGUAUCUGACCAAGGCAUAUAGUGUAUAGUUUCUCCUCUUAUUUAUUUUAGAAAUGUAUGAUCAAGUUAAAUUCUGAUGUAUUCAUGAUGAAUGUUUAUUUCAGAUGUUUGCUACAAAUCUUUGCUUUGCUCUGGUUCUCAAUUUAUCAGUUUUU